AUGAAAGGUGUCGAAGCCACACCUGAAGAGCAAGAGCGCCUCGCCACCGGGAACAACAAUGGCUCCCUCGACUGCAAGAUACCGCCGGCGCAGGCGGCCGGCCCCCGUUCCGCCUUCCAUUCGACUCGAGUUUUUAUGCUCGUUUUUCUAUCGGGUUGGGUCCUCCAGGGAAUGUUUCUCACAUAUUUCGUGAGCGUGACGACGACGAUCGAGAAGCUCUUCAAAGUGGAAUCGAAGACGACAGGAAUGCUCCUCGCAGCUACCGAGAUAGGACAAAUAUGUACGGCUCUAUUUUUGACGUACUUAGCUGGUCGCGGUCACCGGCCGCGGUGGAUCGCGUGCAUGAUGCUGGUGCUGGCGGUGGGCGUGAUCGGUUGCGUGGUGCCGCACGUGUUGUACGGCACGCGGCUGUUGGACGUGCACUUGGACGCGCACCGUGGCGGCGCCGCGCCCGUAUGCCAUACGGACGGCACCAACGCCACCUACUGUGAUCCGUACCAGAUCAGCAGCACUAAAGACCGCUCCUCCAUCACGGCAGUCGUUAUACCAUGGCUCUUCAUCUGCCUGCUGGUGGUGGGAGUCGGCCAGACCGGUAUCGCAACGCUCGGGAUACCUUAUGUUGACGACAACGUUGGCAGCAGACAAUCACCUCUUUAUAUAGCUAUCACAAUUGGCAUCAGAGUUAUCGGCCCUGCGUUGGGCUUUCUACUUGGCGCUCUAUGCACCAGGGUGUACGUGGACCCGCUCUCAGAUCCGGGAUACGCAUCCAGUGAUCCGAAAUGGGUUGGAGCAUGGUGGCUCGGCAUGGUGUUCAUAGCCGGUUUCAUAGUGGUCCUGUCGUCGCUGAUGUUCUUCUUCCCGCGCCAGAUUAAACAGGAGCUGGCGCCUCCGCCGCCUAAGAAGAGCAAGGAGAAGCGGGCACCGUUAUUCAAAGACUUCUUUGCGACUAUCAAGCGACAGUUGACCAACGACAUAUUGAUGUGGCGCACGGCGAGCUCGGUGCUCCACUUGAUGCCGAUCAGCGGCGUGUACAGCUUCCUGCCCAAGUAUCUGGAGAAACAGUUCCGGCUGCCGACGCACGAUGCUAACCUUGUCUCGGCUCUGGGCGGUAUCCUGGUGAUGGGUCUGGGCAUCAUCACGUCGGGCGUGGUGAUCCUCAAGCUGGUGCCCACCGCGCGACAGGUGGCCGCCUGGACCGCCGCCACCGCCGCCAUAUACAGCGCAGGUAUGGUGAUGUUGAUGUUCGUGAGUUGCCCGGAGGAGAGCUACCGGUGGUUGGGCGCCGGCGCCGCGGACAACUACACGAUGGCGUGCAGCGCCAACUGCAGGUGUGACAACGUCUCGUUCAGCCCCAUCUGUGGACAGGACUCGUACACGUACCUGUCCCCGUGCGAGGCGGGCUGCACUCACAGCGCGCAACUCGACAACAACACGUGGCUCUACCAGAACUGCUCCUGCAUCGACACGGCCAGCGUCGCCGCUGUCACCACUAACACGUCAGUAUCCAUCCUUAUAAUACCGGCAAAUCGCUAA